AUUCUAUGUAUGUCAGAUACAUUUAAUGAUGCUUCUCCUUUAAACAGCCUAUCAUUUCUAUUUGAUAAAAUGUAAAUCCUAUGAUUUUAAGCCGUGCUUUGCGUCAACUGAUACACAUAUAUAUGUAUGUAUUCGGAGGUUUAGUUGUAUGAUUUUUAUACAGGAAAUGAAAAAUACAUUGCGUUUUAUUUUUUUCACACUGUUAUGUCUAUGUAGUGUAAAAUUUAAUCGCUUACGAAGGGUGCAUUAUUCGGGAUAGGAACUAACUUUGAAGUGGAGUCUAUUUCCUGCGGAAUAUAAUUUGAGAGGGAAUACAAAAAUGGCGCUCCACUGUAGCCGAACGUGUAGGAAAUAUUUAUUACAUUUAGCACAAGAAAAUGUUGAAUUCAGAUUACCGGAAAUCAAGGCAUUACUUUCACUCAGUGGUGUGCAGUUUACUCCGGACGAACAUUUUGAUGAAAAGUCUCCAUUCUGGGUUCUCAGCAAUGUUUCGGAGGAAGAUGUGCGAAAUGUUAUGAAACGAACUGUGUGUGCAAAGUCAGUGUUUGAACUAUGGGGCCAUGGAAGAACACACCAGGAAUUACAGUUGUCUCUAAAGAAUUAUCCAACAGAAAAUAUGGUACCUUAUCUCAAGUCAGACUCAACGUAUAAAAUUAAUGUUUACACAUUCAACAAAACGGUGCUUCAUCAAGAGAGAAUCCAGAAGAUAGAUACCCUAGAGUUCCUGCCAUUUUCUGGGAAAGUAAACUUGAAGAACCCUGAUCAUGUGUUCUGUCUGCUAGAAAACUAUGGCUCUGAUCCCAAUAGAAUUCCAGAAGAUCCCUUUUACGUUUACUUUGGGAGAUGGAUUGCAGAUGGUCAGAGAGAUUUGAUAAGGUCUUUCAGUGUGAAGAAACGCCAUUUCAUUGGUAACACAAGCAUGGAUGCUGGGUUGUCCUUUAUAAUGGCUAACCAUGGCAAAGUAAAGGCCAACGACUUGGUCUUUGAUCCAUUUGUUGGAACAGGUAGCCUUCUUGUUGCAUGUGCACAUUUUGGAUCAUAUGUAUGCGGUACAGACAUUGAUUACAACACAAUACAUGGAAUAGGGAAAGCAAGCAGGAAGAAUCAAAAGUGGAGGGGACCCGAUGAAAACAUCAGAGCUAACCUAAGACAAUAUGGUGCAGAGAAAUCUUACGUUGACGUUCUUGUGUCGGAUGCAUCCAAAAAUGUGUGGAGAACUGGAAGUCUGUUCGACGCCAUCAUCACAGAUCCCCCAUAUGGUAUAAGAGAAUCUACAAGGAAAACAGGUUCCCAGAAAGAAAUGAUAAAACCACCAGAAGAUUUUAAUGGAGAAAGUCAUGUCCCUGUGUCCAUGGCCUACCACCUCAGCGAUAUCUUCACAGACCUGUUGAACUUUGCUGCUAAACACCUUGUGAUCAACGGAAGAUUAGUCUACUGGUUGCCAGUGUAUAGGCCAGAAUACAAGGAAGAAAUUAUACCCCAGCACCCUUGCCUGAAACUUAUUAGCAACUGUGAGCAGACACUUUCCAGUCAUACAUCCAGGCGUUUGGUAACAAUGGAAAAGCUGAAGGAAUUUGAGGAUGCAGAUGGACUUGCACAUCUUUUACAUGCUAGAUUUAAUCCUUACCAAGGCCACAACUCAUUCCGGGAGAAGUACUUCAGUGGCUUAAAAAAGAAGACUGGUAAAGAUGAGUUUAAGAACACAAAAAAACUAUAACAGUUUUUAAUUAAGUUUUAUAAUAUAUAGAACUGUAACAUGUAUUGCAUACAUUAUAUUUUUUAUACACCAUUUAGAAUGUUCUAGUCAUGCUUUGUUUUUGAAGGAUAUCAAAUAAAAUUGGAGAAGAGUGUAUGUGCUCAAAUGUUGUAUUAUGCUCAUCAGGUAUUUUAGAAUUUGGUCAAUCGAUGAAGCAAAGUUAAAAGAUAAAAGUUUCACUAAAUUCCACUUAGUUGGGAUCAUGCAGUUGAUGACAUCAUAAUGCUUUGUAAAUAUGUAUGAAGAGCCUAAAGCAAAAACUAACUUUGUAGUUAUCUAUUUUUUAAACAGGAGCCUUCUCUUUUAAUUUAACUAGAUUAUAAUGUAGAAUAUAUUUUCAUUUUAAAAGUUGCUUUGAGUUAAAAUGUACUGGACAUGAUUUUUAAUGUAUUUUCCAUUCAUUGUUGUAAAUAAAUUUGCCUCUUCUGUU